AUGUGCUUCAUCUGGAGAAGGAUGUCGCAAGUAGUGCUAAUCGCAGGAGCGUUUUACAUAAGCCCAACGGCGGGCAUGCUAUGGGGCCAGUGCUUAAAGGAUGUCCAAGAUCGAUCCCUCAACGAUGAGCAGUUUAUUUUUGACCGAGCCUUGUUCCAUAAUGGUUCUACUCCCGAAAAUCCUAUCCUAACUCUUCGCGGUUGUAAAUCGCUGUGUGGCGGACCUGGUCUCCAUAUCUACCCCGAUUGGGGAAGCAUGCAUCAAUUCAUGGGUGCUGCCGGCACUCCUGUGCGCGAAGGCAACGGCUUGUGGGAUACGAUUCAUAUUCUCGCCAAUCCGAUACACUGGUUUAUCGAAAUGCUACGAAUGAUCGAGCACGCGCGGCGGUUUCGGCGGUUAGCAAGCGACAGCUUCAUCCCGGGACUAGAAGAUGGCUAUAGGCAAGGGCAAGGUAGACUGAAGUUCCUAACUAGGCUCAAGAAUUACGAAAGCCAAUGCGUUCAGCUAUACACAUGGAAAAAUGUAAAAGAAGAUGAUUACGAGCGCAAGAUUAGGAUUAAAGGGACUUACCUCCAAGCAUUGAAGACCGCCAGUGGGAUCAGUGUGGCUCAAACCGAAUACCUUCACCGAGAGAUCUUACAACCGUUACUUAAGACGCGUAAGCAAAAUACCUGGGAGAUCGAACACGAGAUUGCCGAAGACAUUGCUACUAGCAGAUCUGGUCGACUACUACUCGCUGUGAUUGCGAUUACCCUCUACAUCUGGCAAGUAGUGUCCUCGUUCGUCCAGGUCAUCGGCGGAUCCUGGACAACUGUGCCUGGAGGUCGGAUCGGACUAGCAAUGUUCUGGCAAUGGAUGGUUGCCGCUGUCCUCAUCAGCAAUUUUGUGGGCAGUUUUCCGACAGAAGACUACUGCAAAAGAAUUGUUAAGAAAGUGUACGGAAGAGCCGGGGUAGAUUUUGAUGAAGAGAUCAAAAGAAUAACAAGCUUUCCACCGAACCACGGAGAAAGACGGUUUUCACGUCGGUGGAGGCGCCGAGUGAUGCUCGUUCUCGUCACGCUAGCUAUUCUCCCUGUCCUAAGCUCUAUAGUCGGCAGCCUGGCAGUACUUUGGUAUCUUCCACCUAAGGGCCCCAAUUGUCGGUUUUUUCUCCUCGUCUCUAUCAGCUUCGUCUACAUCGUGAACGCAGUUCUUACUUCUCUCCUUCUUUUGGGCCAGUGGACAACCCGGAUUAAGGACCUCCUUAUAGCUCUUACUAGCACUAUCCUCAUCAUACUCUCUGCAUGCGGCCUUUUCAACACAUGCGCAUGCUGGAGUGGCGUUUAUCACCUCGGUCCUGAGAAAGCCACUGUAUACCUGAACAGCGAGGAAGUCUUCGCGCCGUUACUAAGAAAAGUGUAUCCGGCAAUAUUCGUCACGUGCUUCGUCUUCCAGUUCAUCUCCUUUGAGUUCAUGAGGUGGUUUGGCUGCGAGGGGAUGAGUAUAUUGCGAUGGAGCAAACGCACGAAGAAACGAAAGACCGAGAGCCCUGAGAGUCGAGGGUUACUCGACCCGUGUGCUUUAAGAGGGCAAGAAAUGGAAUUGAUGAUUUAUCGAGCUGGGUAUGGAGAACCAACUCUAAGGAAUGACAGCGCAACAGGAUCGGUCCAGAUUACUCCUCCUCGUCGAGGGCGUACAUAUUGA